AUGGCAAGUAUCGUUACAUGCCCCCCAGAAAUAGUUGCCCGUAUCUUGGGUAGCUGUGCCAGCUUCACUGACGGACUUGCUCUCGCUACAUCUUGCAAUUAUGUCCAUAAUGUGUGGCUGGAUCACGACUCGACUAUUGUAGAGAGCAUCGGCUCGAGAAGCAUUCCCGCAUACGAACACGCUGUUAUUACCAUUCGCGCAACGAACUUGGUCAAAGAGGCUUUCUAUGCUGGCCAACUACCGCCCACUUUCACGCACAUCAACCGACUUGGUCCUCGUUUCAAGAGAUGUUGUCUUUCGGAGCUUGGUGACUUGCUAGACUUCCAUCACUUGGCCUGCUGCUUGGAGUACGCCUAUCUACACAUUGCAGAGGACGGCUACGCAUGCUUCUCGAAUCCUACCAUCUCCGAAAUCGCAUCGUGUAGCGACGAAGCGCCUGAACUCCCGUGGCGCAUCCGCGAGUUCCAGGAGAGGUUUCAUCGGGUAUUUUACAGAACCCUACUCGCGGGUGCUGUCUUGUGGAAAGCCCACAACGAGCCCUUUGUUCAAGAUGCCGUUGAAGCUCACGCUGGUGCUUGGGAAAGCCGAUUCGACUGGCCGCCUGCGUCUCAAGCCCACACAGAAUACUUUUCGCGGUUCCCGGUGUACAACGUCCAUGCUAUGGAUUGGGCCAGUCAACAGGAGGUGUUUGGACCUCUCACUAAGUACUUCAUGGAAGAUAUUGCUUCCCUCACCAACCCCGUCUGUGAGGCCGACGUGCCUUGGGAGGUUAUGGCCUCCAUCUAUGCCUACGAAUAUCAAAGACCCCAUUUCUACAACGACAAGGGGAGACAGAGGCAUGGCAUUGCGCCUCGUACAGCAUCAUCAGACAGCAACAAUGACAUCAAAACCCGCAAAGUAACUGUCAUUCUUCUUGGCGAGUUCCAGCUGGAGCAGAUAUCAAUGCCUGUCAAGGUCGAGGAGAUGCACAGUGCACCUCUGGUGGCGGCUCAACUCCAGAUUUCACCGACACGGAGCUCCGAGGAUGGUAGAACCUUUGCCUGCCACGGCCUUGACAUAUCGGCACUUUUGCAGUCGCGAUACGAAUCACUAGGCGGCGAGGAGAACGACAGUGACUGUGCGCCACAUCCGCCACUUCAACUCUUCACCUUUAUGUUACGCAAGCAUUACAGGCUGCAGUUUAGAAGAGGAGUCUUUGACCGCACAUGGGGGUCAGCUCCUUACUGCCAGUUUCUCUUCUUCCUAGUGUUCGCCCACGAACCGGAUUCGGAUCUCGAGGUCGUGCUUGCACCGGUCACUGGCGAUCCGUGA